CUUCCUCAUCACUUCAAACAUGAAUUCAUUUCCUUCUUCCCAAGAUAAGUAUUAUACAUUAUUCAUCAAAAGAAGUUAAAAUAAAGAACAAAAACCCCUCCAAAUAGAAAUCCCAAUAUAUUGUUAUGUAUCAUAUUUCAAUUGAUCAUCUCAUGUAGAAUAAUUCUACUAGAAAUAUAAGAAAUCUAUAUAUCCAUGAAUUAUUCCAUCUCAAGUACUUCAAGUACAAAAAAUAAUCUUUUCGUCUAUAAAUCACGAUACGGUGUAUUAGCAGUGGCAACAGCGGUGCCCUUGGCUAUACUUGGGGGUGGCGCGUAUUUAGCAUUUACUUACUUCAACAGUGGUGAUUGGUUGUGGCGAAGGAAAAAAGCUAGAAUACGAGAAAGGUCAGUUGCCCUAGCAAUCUUGCAAGGCGGAGAAUUCGCCUUGCAGAGAUUAGUUGACUUUGAACAAGCUCGAUCCAACACCACUCGCACAUUUGCAGCGAUUGAGUGCUUGUUGGAUGUGUUGCUUGAAAGAGAGUAUGUUGAUCUUCCAAUGAUCAAGAGAGUAAUUGCAAAGUUUGAAAUGAGUGGAAAUGAAGCUAAAGCAGUGCAAAUACUUCAUAAACAUAGAUUAAAGGCUCGUCAUACCAAAAAUUUCUAUAAAGCUUAUGAGAUCGAGAUGUUAAUCGUCGAAAUGUACAUUUAUAAGGGUGACUUUGAGAAAGCUUAUUUCCAGCUUGAAUGCUUCACAGAAAAACAUUCAUUGGACUCACGUCGACCCUUCUUUAAGGCUUUAAUCUUAGUUGCCUUAGGGCGAGGUCGAUAUAAAGAAUUAGCAAAGCAAUGUUGGGAAAACUUCAACGAAUUAAGAAAACAACCCAUUGAUCAUGAUGAAGGAAACAAACUUGCUAUAGUUAGUUUCAAUGAGUUUGAGAAGAUUGUCAAGAGGCUCAAGAAUGAUAUUUAUAAGUCAAAUGAAAUGAAGAAGAUACCAAUUGAUUAAACUUUAAAUAUGUUUGGAAACAUGAAUCAUUUGUUGUGUACAAAUUAUUUUAAAAUCAAAUCUAAAUUUGCCAUGAAUGAAUGUAUAUACUACCUUUUUAUUAUCCCCUUAUUUUAGCUUUUUUAUUUUUUUUUAUUCUUCAUUUAUCAAUGUUUUACAAACGCAUUUGAUAUUUAUUAUUAGAUUCGCGAUGUGCUUGAGAUAAAA